AUGGAAGAAGAAGCGCAGAUUCCUCCAGUCACCACUCUGAGUGACAGUUCUGAAGAGGUCGCCCCUCCUCCAGCUCCAGCUCAUGGUAUAAAACGGAAACGCGACAAAGGUGACGGUUCAAAGAAGAAGCCUUCAAGUGACGAUGUUGUUAGAAUCCAAUGUAUGCUUGGGAAAAAGGGUCAUUGCAAGAAGAAUUGCAAACAUCAUUUUCGAGGGAAGCAAGGCUUUGAAGAGCUGCGCCAGUUUCGGCGCGAGUGGAGUCAGCUUCAUAAGACCGACCAGGAUGAGGUCGUACCUUAUUCGCUGCCUGUGCACAUCCUCUUCAUCCAGGAUGGCAUGGACCAAUCAAAGUUCAUGGUGCCUCGUCAUGCGCUCAUGCGAGCCAAGGCAUACGAGUCCUUCAUUCGCCCGAAACUCCAUGUGGCAGCAGUCAUAGCCCAUGGAAGGCAUGUGGCUUUCUACGUUUCGGAGGCCGACUUGGCGAAGGACAGCAACACGUCGUGCGAGAUCCUUGCCCAUUCUCUCCAGCAACUGGCUACCUCUGGCGUGCAGUUGUCAGAUUGCAACGUGACGUUGCAAGCUGACAACACCAGUCGAGAGGUUAAGAACGGAAUCUUAAUGAGAUACGUUGCAAGCCUGGUGAGUGAUUCCAUCAUCCGCACUGGAAGACUGUCGUUCCUGAGAACAGGACACAGUCGUGAAGACAUCGACCAACUAUUUGGUCAAGUGGCUUCGUGGGUGAAACUUAAAGUUCGAUCUGCGCUUACAUCCGAUGAUUUUGUGCAGGGACUGAAGCAAUUUUGCGCGCAGCUCGAACGACCCUAUGAGCCGAACCGGAUGGUGAUCAAGCUUGAUGUCACGAGGGAUUGGUGCUUUGACAGCGCAGUGGAUGCACCAGCGUGGCUUUUCGGCAAACUUCUUGUUUUUGCCUCGAUUGUGGGCUUUGCAGCAUUUGCCGGUUGGACUUCCUUCAGGCUUAUGGCUUCUCCGAAUGAGAUUCCAGUCGCCUUCCAAGAGCAGAUAGCCAAGUUUUUGCCAAUCCUGCGGCUGCCUGAAUUUGGUUUGGAUAGAGCUGCGGACUAUUUGCAAAGCUGGUGUGAAGGCACCUGGACCCGGCAGUUGCAGCUGCCUAGCAAUUACCGGAACGAAGCUCGAAUGUACAAAGACAGAUCGAUCUACCAAGCCGCUGCCAAAGUGUGGGCAGAGGGAGUGCCAUGGCCAGAAGCCUUGGAGAUUUGUAGAGCUUCGAUGGGAGCAGUGCACGUGUCGUUUGGCAAUUUCAAAGACGUGCGCAGUCAGGUGAUGGCGAACAGAGGCGCGCGCAUGGCGAACAACGCCACGCGGAGACCCUUGCACUGCUUCAACAUUCUUCGCCAAAUCAAGGAUUGGAAGAACGCCGCCGGCUUGGCAAAAGCGUUUUCCUUAGGCAAGAUGGAAAGCGAUGCCGUCUUUGCUUUGUCGACAGAUGUUCCAGAGCCUAUUUGUUCUGACCUGGAACGCCUUGUCACCACGCGUGGCAUGGGGCGUUUCCUUCACCACGAUGUGAUAGGAAAGGGAACCUUCAGCAAGGGGUGGACUAGCGGUGUGGGGUUGGCUGAAAGUUGGUCAGAGCCAUUGACGAAUUUGCCUCGAGAUUUCACACUGGUGAAACUUUACAUUCAGCGCUUGACUUCUGACCACGAUGCAACUGCCAUGCAGCUGCGCCGAGCUGUGAGCUUCAAAGAUGCGACGAAGGUGCAUCAAGCUUGCGGCGCGCCCUACGUUACCAAGAUCGAGCGGGGCAAAACCGAGGACAGAGAGCAAAAGGUCAAAGAGCUGGCUCAGCAAGUUGCAGCUGCCAAUUUGGUCCAUGUGAAGGCGCAAAUUGCAGCCGACACUGAUACGUUGCGGGCCAAGUUGCCUGGAAAGGCUGAAGCCUUGGCUGAGCACAACCUUGACAUGAAGUAUCUCCGAGAUCGCCAGACGAAUCUUGACGUUGCUGUAUAG